AAGGAGGAGUCGCUUCCUUUCCCUCCCUGUCCUCCCUCCCUCACCCCGACCACGACGAACUCGCCGCCGCGUGAUCGUCCCCGUCCAUGCCCCGGCCCUGCCUCGCCACACCCUAUUUCCCUGACCGAGCGCCCGCGCCGCGCGGCCAUGGCGCCCGCGGCCCUCCACUUCCUCCUCGCCAUCCUCUGCCUAGCUUCGCGUCUCGUCUGGACGGUAGCGGCGGGGUGCGGAUCGAACACGAACCUAGCGGGGUACAGCGCGGACCUGCGCAUGUCGCAGCACCAACUCCGCGGCCGCGUGGAGAUUCUCGACGGCUGCUCGUUCCGCGUCGCUGCACUCGACCUCCUCCCGGGUUCCUCCUCCGCGCGGUGGUGGCGCGCGGAUGGGACCGACCUCGAGUCCCUAUCCCGCGGCGAGCCCGCGGCCGCCGACCCGCUGGACCGCACCUUCCUGUCCGAGUCCCUCGUGUUCCGCCUCCUCCCGGGCCUCUCCUGGCCGCUCGUCCCCGUCCUCGCAGCCUUCGACCCCCUCACUUCCUCCCUCUUCGGCUUCGUGCGCCUCUCCGGUGCCAACGCCUCCGACUCAUCCUCUUCGUCCGCAGCGGCGGUGCCCACCAUGCUCGACUCCUGCGUUCAGCUCUCCCCGCGCUUCCGCGUGCGGUGGACGCUCCACGAGGCGAACAAUUCCAUCGACAUCGCCCUCGAGGCGGCGGUUGGAUCAGAGUACUACAUGGCGCUCGGGUGGGCGAAGCCUGGCACGGCCAAACCGUCCGUGAUCGGCGCCGACCUCGCCGUCGCCGGCUUCACUGAGGACGGGCUCCCCUUCGCCGAGGACUUCUACGUCACCAAUUACAGCGAGUGCUUGCUGCGCAAGGACGGCCUCGUCGAGGGCGUCUGCCCGGACACGAUCUACGACCGCGACAACUCCACCGGGCUCGUCAAUAACACGCGGCUGGUCUACGGCCACCGCCGCGACGGCGUCUCCUUCGUGCGCUUCUCGCGCCCACUGGUGUCCGCGGACAAUAAGUACGACGUCCCCGUGAACGCCACCAGGAACAUGACUGUGAUCUGGGCGAUCGGGCUGCUGCGGCCGCCUGACUCGCUCCGGCCGUACUACCUGCCGCUGAUGAGUCACCGCGGCGGGUCUCCGGGGACAGCAUUCACCUUCGCCAGGCUCAACCUGUCGGACGCGAGCAGCGGGUGCGUCGGUCCGUUGGACGCCGAGGAUAAGGAGGACCAGGCCAGGAUCACGACGGAGCGCAAUACGCCGCUGGCUGUGACGGUUGGGCCGGCGCUCCAUUACCCCAAUCCGCCCAACCCCGACAAGGUGUUCUACAUCAACAAGAAGGAGGCGCCUCUGCUCAAGGUGGAGCGCGGCGUGCCAGUCACCUUCUCCAUCGAGGCCGGGCACGACGCACCAGUCUACAUCACGUCGGACCCCGUCGGAGGCAAUGCCACUCUCAGGAACUCGUCAGAGAUCAUCUACGCCGGUGGAAGCAUGGCGGAGGGCGUGCCGGCUACACCAACAGAACUCGUCUGGUUGCCUGAUCGGAACACGCCGGACCUAGUGUACUACCAAUCCUUGUAUGAUCCCAAGAUGGGCUGGAAAAUUCAGGUCGUCGAUGGUGGCCUCAGCGACAUGUACAACAACAGCGUGCUACUGGAUGAUCAGCAGGUGACAUUCUUCUGGACUCUCUCUGGUGACUCUAUUAACAUUGCUGCACGGGGUGAGAAGAAGAGUGGGUACCUUGCAAUUGGAUUUGGUAGCGUAAUGGUAAAUAGCUAUGCUUAUGUCGGGUGGGUCGAUGGCAAUGGCAAGGGGCAUGUCAAAUCUUAUUGGAUCGACGGAAAGGACGGGAUGAGUGUGCACGAGACACAUGAAAAUGUUACUCAUAAGCGAUGCCGAUUGGAAAAUGGUGCGAUCGUGUUUGAGUUCACUCGUCCAUUAACACCUUCAUGCAGUGGAAAGGUGGAGUGCAAGAACAUAAUCGACCCGACGACUCCUAUGAAGGUCAUCUGGGCCAUGGGUGCUCAAUGGUCACCCGGCCCCUUAAGUUUGAAGAACAUGCACUCCGACACAAGCAAUCGUCCUAUCAGGAUUCUUCUGUUGAGCGGCUUGGCUGAAGCAGUGGAGGACCUCCGCCCGGUGCUUGCUGUUCAUGGGUUUAUGAUGUUUGUGGCAUGGGCUAUUCUGCUGCCAGGGGGGAUCAUGGCUGCGAGAUACCUGAAACAUCUGAAAGGCGAGGCCUGGUUCCAGGCUCACACCUAUCUGCAGUAUUCAAGCAUAGCUGUCAUGUUCUUGGGUGUUGUAUUUGCAGUUGCUGAGCUCCGAGGUUUCUCUUUCAAAUCCAGACAUGCUCGAAUCGGUGCAGUAGCACUGACAUUCGCAUCUAUGCAGCCAGUAAAUGCGUAUCUUCGACCGCAUAAAACAGAGAAUGGAGAGACCCCGCCUGGAAACAGAGUAGUUUGGGAAUAUCUCCAUGUUUUGACCGGGAGAUCUGCUGCGCUUGCUGGUACCUUGGCGCUCUUUACUGGCUUGCAGCAUCUUGGGCACCGAUAUGGCAGUAAGACUAUCAAGGGACUUACAUGUGGGCUAAUCUUAUGGGUUAUAAGCGUUACUUUGUUAACAGCUUACUUUGAGUAUAUGGCAAUUAAGCGAAGGACUGCAGGUGUUGAUGGUCUUUCAGGAAAUUGGGUGCUUGGCAACACUGAGGAAGAUGAUACAGUCGAACUUUUGCAAUCUAACAGGGUAGUCAGUAAAAUGGAGUCUAAUUUGUCACCUGAACCAAUGGAAGUACAGCUCGAGCCACUUAAAGGAUGAGAUAAAAUUCUCAGCAUGCAUAUGGACAUAAAAGUAUGUUAACUAAAAUUCUUUAUAGAUAGAACGAGCGGCAUAUACGUCUCAGGAUAAAAGAAGUUUCAGUUUCGCAUUUUUUGUUGAUAUAAAGGGAAUAUUAGUGAGAAUCUCAUCUUUGACUUGCUCGAGAGGUAUAUCAUGCCACAUGGUAUAGAUAGGUUUUUCUUUUGUCUUGUGGAGCUUAGGUCCUCGUCUUUAAUCUCCUAACUUCUUAGCAACAAUCUAUGUAUACCUGUACAAUUUUGGUAUAGUUAUCAUAAUUCAUAACUGAAAAGAGGAUACAGUUUUUUUCUUUCUUUAAAUGUCACAUGACUCGAGCAUUUUCACAUAUGGUACUAGCUGACAUUAUUUGUUUGUCAUAUGUUGUAUAUGUAAAUUAUGUGACUUGGAACUAGAAACAGCCAUCCAACGAAACCACAGUGCUCCUACAUUUUCUAAAAUCAGUUAUCCACAUUUUAUAUGUAGGCUACAGUUAUCCUUUGUGCUAAGUUUUGCCUUCUUAAUACCAAACCUGUGGCAUCUAUGCCAACCUGAUGCAUUGGGCCAUGUUUGGUACCAACUGAAAGGGGCUCAAUGUUGUGUUGAUCUGCAUCUUGGUAUACCUUUGUACCUGAUUUCAUGAUAUGUCAUGCCAAAAUACCAGAAAUGCAUUUACUUAUAAACUACAUAUUCAUGUCUGCCUUUUAUCUGCAAAAGCUGCUAUGACACGCAGGAGAAAGUAGUUGCCCACUUGUAUUCCACUAACAUGCUGCAGUUUGUUGACCCUGGAAAUAAUCCACCGCAAGUCCACAACCAUUGAGUUGGCUCUCAUCUGUUCCAAGCAUAAAAGAGCAGGUGUAUAUUGUUUGUGUUAGGUGUUGGCACCCAGUCAGAUCUGGAUCACUUGUUGGUUGGCUUGCCACCUUGUUAAGAAACCAGGUUAGGUGCUGUCUGGUGAAGGAGCAAAAUCAGCAGAACGGUACACGAGUCCCUUUGUUUUUAAGAUAAGACUUGGUUGUCUUUCCCGUGAAGCCUAGUGCCCAACACGGAUCUGCUGUGCUGAUGGUAUCUGAGUUUCUACUCUCUAGACCGUCGAUUGUAUUGGAGGAACAAAUUAAAGCACAAGCUUUGCCUUGUAAUAAUUGGAAUUCCAUGCUUGAAUAAUAGUUUUUGAAAAAACGCAUUAUUGAAUAAUGCUAUGUAUGUCAGACUCUCUAGUAGAUAAGGUAAAAUAGGAGAUGCGGAACUUACAGGGUGGAGUUUGAAAUAGUGGAUCUGCUGGAGAUAGGCUCAGAGCCUGCCUGGAAUAAGUGCCAACAAUACAGUUCAAUCUGAAAUCACCUGUAGCCAGGCAAUUGUAUACGGAGUAUGUCGUAGGAGCUAGUAGAACAGUCCUGACGAAAAUACAGUUGAUGUUUUAGUCAUUAUAUAUAAAAGACAAUCAGGAUGGAGGUACGGCCAUUCUGAAAUCUUAUCUUCUUAGAAUAUACAAUGACACAGAAAAAAUGAUAGGCUUGACAUAGUGGUGAGAAAAGGUUUUAGGUCGGACGCAUCCUCUACAAAAUGCAAGGAUAAAACAUGCCUCGGUUAUUUCUUUUAGACUUAUGUUCAUGUGGGGCAGUGGGAGUCAGUAGCACUGAGCCUGUCCUUUCUAUACAGGACACACAAAAAUAUCAAUAUUCAUGAUACAAAUAUACACCAUCAAAUUAAUCAAACCAUACAUUUUUUAGUAAGCCUGUUUGGAUACACAAAUUUUAAUAUUAUUUUCUAUAAAUCUAGCCAAACUUGAAAUUAGUUGAUUUAUAUAAAUGCGAGAUGUGCAUUUGUUUUAGGACUGGCAGAGUAUUUGUAAUGCUUUACACUGACAUGUUUGUUUUGUCUCAGCAACCCUGGACUACGGCAAAAAAAUGGUUAGCCUGCUCCAGACAUCUAACUUGUUACUGGACGGGACCCACUCUGAGCACUUUUGACCCAGCCACGCUUUCUACUGAUCCUGCUUUUUGUUGACGAAAGGGACCUGCAUUUCAGUGUGUCCGAUGUUUGAAUCAUCAUAUCUCCUCGACUACUAUGAUUGCCGAGUCCACUCCGGCCUGCUGCCUAAAUCUGAUGGAGAUGGUCCCUGCAAUGCCUACAUGAUGCAUGAUCUGUUUUUAUGAAGGGAUAGAUGCAUGAGCUGUGGACCUGGCAACCUGAAGCAUCCUUCCUCAUCGAUCUGUUUCGUUGGUAUGAUCUCAAUUGACAAAGUCUGCUGAAGUGGUACUACGCGCCCUGCAAUCCUCAUUGAGCCGUUCUGACGUAGGCUCUAGCUCCAUAUAUUUAGGGCGUCGUCCUCAACAGCCUGCACAAAUCUCUAGCUGACAAUGUCCUGGUGGUGGGGAAACGAAGGAAGAACAAAAUUAAUGAGCUGUGGAAAUAGAUCAAGGAAGUUCACUAUGGUGCAAACAUAGCGAUGAAGUGCACCCUAGCGACGUCUUCUUUUUUCUUAUCUCUCCUCCACGCAGACUUCCUAGCGUAGUACCUGCACAAAUCUCUAGCUGACUCUGACUAUUGGAUUUCAGGAGGCCAAAUCCUGAAAUCCAAUAGGCAGCCAUCCUGGCCCGGACGCUCAAAAAAUCGGACGUCUGAGAGCGACAGAGCAAUGUAGGAGUGCAAUCUGAACAGAGUUUUCACUGUAGACCACUUGUGACCUAUUUACUACUUUAAAAAAAAACAAAGCUAUCUUCAUGA